AUGGAUUCUUCACAAAAAAUAUACGAGUAAGUUAAAUUCUAAAUUUUUUACAAAUAUUUUUACUGGAAUUUACCACCUUAUACUUGUCCAUAAACUGCUACACUUUCCUUUUUUAUUUUUUCCUUGUAAGUCAUGUUUUCAACCGCUAAAAACUUUACAUAAACCGUUUUAAAUUUAACCUUUAAACUUAAUUUUAACGUUUCUUAAAGUUGCAAUUUAUCACACACAAUGAAACAUUUUUGUCCUAACAAACAGAGUGUUUAUUAGCAACGUUAGUUGUUAUGUACAAACAUUGAACGACUUGACUCAAACAAUCUGUGUAAUUCGGGUCAAGUCUCGCCUUGCUUUUAUCGAUAUUUUUUAAUUUUACAAAUUUACUUUUUUGAAGAAAGUAAAUGUAAAUAACUAAAAUAUGUUUUAAAAACCUGUCUAUUAUUUGAAUUUUUUAUAUUAUAUUUUAAAUUCGGUUUAGGUCUUACUAAAAAAUUGGUGUGUAUAGAAGGAUAGACCACUUUGUUAGGUUGGAAUUUAGUUUGUAUUGUAUCUUUGCGUUUUGCACGUAUACGAAACGUUACUGUUUAACAUAAUAUGUAACAUUUGUUUCCUUUUUCAGCAUAAAUAUGGAAGAAGAGUAUAUUGAACCAUUAACAGACGAGCUAACACCGAACGAAGCCAGCACCUCCAAGGUACAAUAUUGACUUUUUUGUUUUGGUUUUAGGAGCUGUUUGAUCUAAAAUGGAGUUUUUAUUUCGCUGAUGAUUUGAGAAGUUGUUUUAUAUGUUUUUAAUGGUAUAGAGAAGGUUGUAGGUUGGAAAACGUCAUUUAAAACUUUGUGAUUCUUGUGUUAAACAUAGCUGUGAUAUUUUAUGUGUAUUUUUUUAGGAGGUCUCCCCAACGCUUCAAAAUGAGACUUCAGCAGAACAAGUGGAUGUAUCAGAAGAAGUUGCAGAUCAAUCAGUAAGAGACAGCCUUCCAGAAGAGGCUGUACUAUCACAAGUAAGUUAAGGUGACGCCUUUUUAGACCACCAUUCAAAGUGAUGACUUUUGCUAUAAAAAUUCCUUCAAAGAAUAGCUAAUAACUUGAAAUUCUGAAGGCAUGUAGGUCUGCACAGGCUUCAAUUAACAGGUUGUAUGAGUAAGGCUAACCCUUUUCAGACCUCUAAUUCAAAGCCGAAUUCGACAGCUAAAACUAACAACAAGAAUAAACGCAAAAGUAAGGCAAAAGCAACAAAAAAGAAGAAGGCAUGGGAAGCCGAUGAUAGUGAUGGGCAUGAAGAUCCUGAUCCACAAUUAGAUCCAGUCAAAAUUGACUAUGAGGCAUUGUGUACUGAUCCCAAAUAUGACAAUGAGGGAGAUGUGUGGGUAUGGGACGCUCAUCAGUUUACAUAUCAAAGCAUUCGACGGUUUGGUUUGAGGAAUCCGAUCGUAUUUACUGGACAACAAGAUGUUCUCGGUGUUGAGUAGGUUUUUAUUUUAAUAUUUUGAUAUUUUAGGUAAAAAAUGACUAGGUACAGGGACGUCGUUUGGGGGAGGGGGAGGGGUACCCCCUCAAAAAAAUUGCACAGGUAUACCUGUACGCGAAAAAACGAAAAAAACAAAUUUUUGAUAAAUCGGUCCACAGGUCACUGUAGACCAAAAAUUUUUUUGAUCUCCCUCUCUCCCAGAGAAAAUCCGUAGCGACGUCCCUGACUAGGUAUAUAUUGUUUUUGUUGUUUUUUAAACAGACCUAUGGGUUUUUAAUACAUUAUGAGACAAUGAAUGCUAAAUGAUUAACUUUUUCAGAAUCCCGGACAUUGAUUACAAUGGAAUAACGGAUAACAUUGAUCCAGCUACGAAAAUUGACGUUUUUGAUCACAAAUCGGAGAAACUAAAAAUAUGUUGGUGA